AUGGCUUGGAGGCUGUUUCAGAAGGUCCCACUGAGCCAAGGACUCAAGGCCUGGCCACAGUCCUGCCAAGACUCGGGGGACUAUCCUCUGACAGCUCCAGGUCCAUCCUGGAAGAAGUUCCAGGGCAGCUUCUGUGAGUCUGUGAGGACAUUGGUCUGUUGGUUCCAGUACAGCUUCCUCCAUGAUGGCUUCCCUAUGGACAACCUCAUCUGCCUGCUCACUGGCCUCUCAGACUCACAAGUCCGCGCCUUCCGUCACACUAGCACCCUGGCUGCUAUGAAACUGACGACCUCCCUGGUAAGAGUUGCCCUCCAACUGAGUCUGCACCAAGAUAACAAUGAGCGUCAGUAUGAGGCUGAAAGAAACAAGGGGCCAGGGCAGAGGGCACCUGAGCGGCUGGAGAGCCUGUUGGAGAAAUGCAAAGAGGUGAGGAGUGUUCCCUGCUUCUUCCUUCCCUUUUUCCCAGCUUGCACCCACUUCUGCCACAGACCCCCUUAUCAGGCCCUGGGCAGUCUUUCAAGAUCAUGAAUAAUGGAGUCUGGCAGUAGUUUCAUAGACCCAUCCUGUAAGGGGUCGUUGCGUGCUCAUCUUGUUUCUGGGUUGUGGCUCAAUAAAUAAUGUGUAAUUUAGAGUUCUCUCUAAUUCCACUUUUACUCAGUUUUUCUUUGUCAGCACUCAUUGUCAGGAGUGUUUAAGUGCUGUACCUGGAUCCACUCACCUCAGCCUCUCAUGUAGCUGGGACUACAGGUGUGCACCACCAUACCUGGCUAUUUAUUAUUAUUAUUUUUUGUAGCGAUGGGAUCUCCCUAUGUUGCCCAGACUGGUCUUGAACUCCUGGACUCAAGUGAUCUGCUCACCUGAGCCUCCCACAGUGCUGAGAUUAUAGGUGUGAGCCACUGUGCCCAGCCGAUUUCCAUUCUUUAUAAAUUACCAGGUCUC